AUGGCGGGAGGAGACCAACUCAGCAAUCUUCCGGAUUCAAUCCUACUUCACAUCCUAUCUAUGUUGCCAAACAAUAAAGAAGUUGUGAGAACCAGUGUAUUAUCUGAAAGAUGGCGAUUUCUUUGGAAAUCGAUUCCAAUAUCACUCAAUUUCAACUUUCCGAAUAGUGAAAAUGAAAAUGAUACUCCUGAUUAUCUAGUUUCUAUCCAUAGAGAACUUUAUUAUUGGAGGUCUUGCGAGAAAAUUCAAAAGCUCAACGUGUGGGGCCUUAAGUAUGUGCAGCGUUUUACUAAAGAUGUUAAUUUGUGGGUACAUUUUGCAACUAAACUUGCUAAUGUCGAAGAUUUUGGACAUAAAUUUAUUACAGAUAACCAAAGGAUCAUAUUUCCUUGUUUUAACAUAUUUUGGUUUGACUAUUUCCGUUGUAAGCGCUUGUCCAUCUUGGAGUUGAAAGGGUGGGAGUUUCCACCAUUAAGCCGGAAAUUCUUAGAACUAGAUGCGGAAUUUAAUCAGUUAGACUUUCAUGGAAUUUGCUGCUUUCUACAGAGCUCACUGGAUCUUGAGACAUUGGUCAUUUAUUGGUACGAUGUUGAAUUGGGAUACUUGCUGUCAUGGUACACAAAUUGGGACGAAGAGACGAGGAGGCUUGAGCCACAUAAUUUUAAUGGCUCAUUUCCAUAUCUGAAGACCAUCAAGAUCCUUAGUUUUAAUGGAUGUGUUCUGCCAUUGAUAAAAUAUUUGCUCAAGCAUGCAGUUGUGCUAGAAAAGUUUGACAUUGUUGCUGCAGUUCAAAGGAAUGAUAUGUCUCCGGAUAAUGUUACAGUGGCACGGGAGGUCCUAAGCUAUCCAAGAUCCUCUCCACAUGCUUCAGUUUUAUUCUCUAAUAGAUAA